GCGGCAGCGGGCGGGCGGGCGCGCGCGCGCGCGCUCCGGGCUGCAGCAACCGGGGCUCCGAUCAGUCAACCAGCCCCCCUUCUUGCCACCUGGCAAGCGUGGGGACCGGUCCGCAGCGACUAGGCUCGUCCACCCUGCAACCCCCAUGGGCUACCGCCCCCCGCCGCCUCGGCUGCCACCUAGGACAAGACAGGGGUAAGCACAGGAUUACGUGGCCACUAUGUCUGGGGACUACGAAGAUGACCUCUGUCGGCGGGCCCUCAUCCUGGUCUCAGACCUCUGUGCACGGGUCCGGGAUGCUGAUACCAAUGACAGGUGUCAAGAGUUCAACGAACUGCGAAUCAGAGGAUAUCCCCGGGGUCCGGAUGCAGACAUUUCCGUGAGUCUGCUGUCAGUCAUCGUGACGUUCUGUGGCAUUGUCCUCUUGGGGGUCUCUCUCUUCGUGUCCUGGAAGUUGUGCUGGGUGCCCUGGAGGGACAAAGGAGGCUCGGCAGUGGGUGGUGGCCCCCUGCGCAAAGACUUAGCCCCUGGGGUUGGGCUGGCAGGCCUGGUAGGAGGUGGCGGGCACCAUCUGGGAGCCAGCCUAGGUGGCCAUCCCCUGCUGGGCGGCCCACACCACCAUGCACACACAGCCCACCAUCCACCAUUUGCGGAGCUGCUGGAACCAGGUGGCCUUGGGGGCUCUGAGCCUCCAGAACCUUCCUACCUGGACAUGGACUCAUACCCAGAGGCUGCUGUGGCCUCUGUGGUAGCUGCUGGGGUCAAACCAAGCCAGACAUCCCCUGAACUGCCUUCAGAGGGUGGAACAGGCUCUGGGCUGCUCCUGCUGCCCCCCAGCGGUGGGGGCUUGACCAGUGCUCAGUCUCAUCAGCAGGUCACGAGUCUGGCACCCGGCACCAGGUACCCAGCCCUGCCUCGGCCCCUCACCCAGCAGACCCUCACCACCCAAGCAGACCCGAGCAGUGAGGAGCGACCGCCUGCUCUGCCCUUACCCCUGCCGGGAGGAGAGGAAAAAGCCAAGCUCAUUGGUCAGAUCAAGCCAGAGCUCUACCAGGGCACUGGACCUGGUGGCCGGCGAGGCGGGGGCUCUGGGGAGGCAGGGACACCCUGUGGCCGCAUCAGUUUUGCUCUCCGGUACCUCUAUGGUUCUGACCAGCUCGUGGUGCGGAUCCUGCAGGCCCUGGACCUCCCAGCAAAGGACUCCAAUGGGUUCUCAGACCCCUACGUCAAGAUCUACCUGUUGCCUGAUCGCAAAAAGAAGUUCCAGACCAAGGUGCACAGGAAAACACUGAACCCCAUCUUCAACGAGACGUUUCAGUUCUCGGUCCCCCUGGCCGAGCUGGCCCAGCGCAAGCUGCACUUCAGUGUCUAUGACUUCGACCGCUUCUCGCGACAUGAUCUCAUUGGCCAGGUGGUUUUGGACAACCUGCUGGAGCUGGCUGAACAGCCCCCUGACCGCCCGCUCUGGAGGGAUAUCCUGGAGGGUGGCUCGGAAAAGGCAGAUCUCGGGGAGCUCAACUUCUCGCUUUGCUACCUCCCCACGGCUGGCCGCCUCACCGUGACCAUCAUCAAAGCCUCUAACCUCAAAGCAAUGGACCUCACUGGUUUCUCAGACCCCUAUGUGAAGGCCUCUCUGAUCAGUGAGGGGCGGCGUCUGAAGAAACGGAAGACCUCCAUUAAGAAGAACACGCUGAACCCCACGUACAACGAGGCCCUGGUGUUCGACGUGGCUCCGGAGAGCGUGGAGAACGUGGGCCUAAGCAUCGCCGUGGUAGACUAUGACUGCAUCGGCCACAAUGAAGUGAUCGGGGUGUGCCGCGUGGGUCCAGAGGCUGCCGACCCACACGGCAGAGAACACUGGGCAGAGAUGCUGGCGAACCCUCGCAAGCCUGUGGAACACUGGCACCAGUUAGUGGAGGAGAAAACGCUGAGCAGCUUCACAAAGGGCGGCAAAGGAUUGUCAGAGAAAGAGAAUUCAGAGUGAGGGUCUGGUCAAAGCCUGGGGUUGGACCAGGCGCCCUCAGGACCCAUCCCUUCCUGCCCGGACUGUGAACUCAUCUCCUCGAAGCCAUAAUGUCCGAGCUGCUGGUGCGGGGCUGCCUGGCCCGGGCCCUCCUUAUCCUGGAGGUGUGAGGCCAGGAGGCAGCUUCCUGUUUCAGGGUGGGAGGUCCUCGGCCUCCAUUGUCUGUCUUCUUAUCCCCAGAGUUCCCCCUAGAGGCAAGGGGCCAUGCAUGUCUGGGGACCCCUGCCCCCACCCCUCUGUCUGUCUGUCUGUCUGUGUGUCUGUCCCUUUGCUGUUGUCUAAGUCUUGCUGUUCUGGCCUGUGUCCUCACUGUGAAUGUCGACAGACCAAUCCUUGAUGUCCCCUGAAGAGACACCCCCUCCAGCGUCCACCCCUUCUGUCCCUCCAUCUGCGUCUGGCCGAUCCCCCCUCUGCUGCUGCUAUCAUCACCAGAAAUAAACACACUC